AUGUAUUCAAAUGUUAGAUACAUCGCGUGUAAUGGGCAGAAUAUUGCAAAUCAGUACCCGUAUAGACGAGCAGGUGGUUGUUUUUUCGUGCAUGCCUGCGAUUCUAUGGAGCGCAAGGAGUUAACUUUAAGCUUUCACAAUCUUAUUAAACGAGAUGAAGCAUUAUACGGUUAUACAAACCCCGGUAUGGAUCCACCGACUCCAUCUACACCUGGAGAUUGUUUUCAAGGAGUAUUUCAAAAUCUGGACUCACUGACACCUGGAAUUGAUUCAGAUUUUGAUGAGUGCCUUGCUGUUCCUGAAUCUUUAUCUGUGAUAGAAGUUGAUAAGUGUAAAGAAGAAACUGAUAGUUCAGUACCCUCUGCAAAAUCAGUACCAUACAAAAGUAUACACUCUCCACCAAUCAAUUUCAAAUCAGUACACCGGAAAGUGUUCAUUCCAGGAGUGGAAAUAAAGGUUAGAUUUGUGGAAAAUGAACGGAGUGUCACUACCCAUCUACUUAAUCCUAAUUUAUACACAAUAAAUCUAGAACACGGAGACUUCAAAUGGACAAUUAAAAAGCGAUAUAAACACAUCCUUUAUCUGCAUCAACAGCUAGCAUUAUACAGGACGUCCCUGAAAAUUCCGUUUCCAACAAAGGCGCAUAAAACUAGACGCGCCAGUUUUAAGAAUACGGUAGACACUGAAGAGAAAGCUGAGAAGAUGGCGCUGCAGGCGAUCCCUAGAAGCAACUCGAAAAAGAGAGAUGGCAGGCCUAAAAAGAGAAGAGGUGCUUUGCCGAGAUUUCCUCGCAAGCCAGAAGUGAUGAUCACGUACGAAGGCAUUCAACUGCGAAUGAAACAAUUGGAGGAGUAUUUGUACAAUUUGCUAAACAUAUCUAUUUAUAGGAAUCACCAUGAGACAGUAUCGUUUCUGGAAGUGUCUCAAAUGUCAUUCAUAUCAGAGCUAGGGUCCAAAGGAAAGGAGGGGAUUAUCGAGAAGAGAACUGGCUCCACUAGGCCGGGGCAAGCCGGUUGCAACUGUUUCGGUCUACUCGGCAAUAUGGUGUGUGUUCGGUGUAACUACUUCUGUACGGCGUUGGUUUGUGCAAAAUUUCAAGAGCGGUGGUUGUUCGUGAAGGACACCUUCUUUGGUUACAUUCGGCCAAGCGAUGGUGCUGUUAAGGGGGUUAUGUUGUUUGAUCAAGGGUUCGAAGUAUCAAGUGGAAUGUAUUCGACUGGACUGAGCAACGGUCUGCAGAUACUAAACCAGCAUAGACAGUUGGUGAUAAAAUGUUGGACGAAGCGCAAGAGCAAAGAGUGGAUGCACUAUUUGAAGACUGUCGCUAAUCAAUCCGCCCGAGACUUCACAUACCCCAACGUACACCACUCCUUCGCGCCCGCCCGCCCAGCCACCCCCGUGGCGACCUUCGUAGACGGCUCAGCGUAUCUCUCGGCCGUAGCUGAUGCUAUGGAGUUAGCCCGGGAGGAGAUUUUCAUAGCAGAUUGGUGGCUUAGUCCAGAGAUUUAUAUGAAACGGCCGGCGCUGAACGGCGACUAUUGGAGGCUGGAUACUAUAUUGAAACGGAAAGCGGCGCAAGGAGUGAAAGUAUUUAUAAUGUUAUACAAAGAAGUAGAGCUAGCUCUCGGUAUAAACAGUUUCUACAGUAAAAGUCGACUCACUAGCGAAAAUAUAAAGGUAUUCCGACAUCCGGAUCAUGCUAAAAUUGGCGUAUUCUUCUGGGCUCACCACGAGAAGAUAGUGUGUGUUGAUCAAACUGUUGCCUUCCUAGGGGGAAUCGAUUUAUGCUACGGGCGCUGGGACGAUCACAGACAUAGAUUAACAGAUCUCGGUAACAUAUCCCAACCGAAAACAUCGUUUAAGACAAAGAAGAAGACUUCAAGUUCGCCAGGUGGUGGGCUGUACUCGUCCCGGGAAAAUAACAUCGAGGCUGCGAUAGAGUUAGCCAGGGCUACCAAAGAUAUUGUCAUUGGAUACAAUGGAAUGAUCCAAGAAGAUGUCGACCAAGAGACUCAGCAGACAGAAUCAGAAAACAUACCUAACCCUGAUCUUCCGGUUUUAGAACCUGGAGAUCACCUUCUCAUAGCCACGCAUGAUAAGGAUGAGAAGCGAAACGUCUUAGGCAAACUGACUAACAGGGGAAAGGAUAUUAUUGGUAUAAUUUACCCUCCAUACGAAGAGGAAAGAAACGAACAGAAGUUCGAUGACUCAGAGAGGAAGAAAGCAGAGAAAUAUGCACGGUCUAAUGAUGAAGUGCUUUUAACAGAUGCUCUAGGGUUGAAUAUCAAUGAGAUUAGGAUUGAUGAGCCCACGCCCUUAGCGCAGGUCGUUGAAGGUCGGGUCAUAACAGAAAGUACAAAGAAGGUGCUAGAAGGCAUGGAAGGAAACUCAAAGAUAUGGAUUGGAAAAGAUUACGUAAAUUUUAUUGUUAAGGACUUCAAUAACUUAGAUCUGCCGUUUGUUGACCUAGUUGAUAGAAACACAACACCUAGAAUGCCGUGGCACGAUGUUGGCGUUAUGGUGCAAGGUGCGGCCGCACGUGACGUUGCUAGACAUUUCAUACAAAGAUGGAAUGCUAUCAAAUUGGAGAAAGCUAGGCAAAAUAGUAACUACCCGUACCUGCUUCCUAAGUCUUACACGGACAUAAAACCCCUUCAAGAUCUAGAUGAACUUCUAGGCAUCGAUCUUCAUAAUGUCUCGUGUCAAGUGUUACGGAGUGUUUCAAGUUGGUCUUGUGGUUUCCUAGACCCAGACACAGUGGAACAAAGUAUACACGAGGCGUACGUAGACACCAUUACAAGAGCUCAACACUAUAUUUAUAUAGAAAACCAAUUCUUUAUUACCCUGUCGAGAUCUAACCCUACUGUUCGAAAUCAAAUUGGUGAAGCUCUAUAUAACCGUAUAAUGCGAGCGUUUCGAGCAAAAGAGAUAUUCCGCGUGUACGUCGUAAUGCCGUUGCUACCCGGUUUUGAGGGGGAAGUAGGGGGGGCGACGGGUACCUCUUUACACGCGGUGACGCACUGGAACUAUCAAAGUAUAUGCAGAAGUCGCGAAGCCAUUCUCACCAGACUAUAUGAGGCAGGUCUUCCAGACCCUAGCGAGUAUAUAACCUUCCACGGGUUAAGAACUCACUCUAUAUUAGAGGGAGAACCGGUAACAGAGCUCGUGUACGUCCACUCAAAACUGCUGAUAGCUGAUGAUAGAUAUAUCAUCUGUGGCAGCGCUAAUAUCAACGAUCGAUCUAUGAUCGGCAAGAGAGAUUCAGAGAUCGCUGUUUUGAUACAGGACGAAACGUUUGAAGACGGGGUAAUGAAUAGCAAACCCUUUCCUGUGGGCCGUGUGGCCGGGUCUCUUAGGAAGAGACUGUUCCGUGAACAUUUAGGGCUUAUGGAUGCUGAUCUCGAUCAGAGUGCCAUCAAUAUAGAAGACCCUUGCGCUGAGCAGUUCUACAUCAACGUAUGGAAGGCAACAUCUAAGCAAAAUACGGCUAUUUAUGAGGAGGUGUUCCAUACAUUACCAACCGAAGAGGUCCACACAUUUGCCGAACUCAAGAAAUAUCAAGAAGAAAACUCGGAAACAUUGUGGCGGAAAGAUCCCGCGCUUGCGAAUAGAAAAAUAGACCUUAUACAAGGUUUUGUUGUUGACUUACCUCUCAAUUUCCUUUGCAACGAAACAUUGACACCGCGAAAUACAUCAAUGGAAGGUAUGAUGCCUACUUCAUUGUGGACCUAG